CCGGCGAUGGCGGCCGUGGCGGCGUUAGGGGCUGCGGGCCCAUGAGGCGGCCCAGGCCCCGCGGACUCAGCACAGCGCGGAAGGGGCGGCGGAGGCGCUGCUCGCAUCCAGGCCAUGGCGGGCGUGUUCGACAUUGACCUGGACCAGCCCGAAGACGCGGGUUCGGACGAGGAGUUGGAGGAGGGGGGUCAGUUAAGUGAAAGCAUGGACCAUGGAGGAGUUGGCCAAUAUGAAAUUGGCCUGGAACAUUGUGAAAAAUUUGAGAUUUCGGAAACUAGUGUAAACAGAGGUCCAGAAAAGAUCCGACCAGAAUGUUUUGAGUUACUACGUGUACUUGGCAAAGGUGGUUAUGGAAAGGUUUUUCAAGUACGAAAAGUAACAGGAGCAAAUAUUGGAAAAAUUUUUGCCAUGAAAGUUCUUAAAAAGGCAAUGAUUGUAAGGAAUGCAAAAGACACAGCACACACAAAAGCUGAGCGUAAUAUCCUGGAGGAAGUGAAGCAUCCCUUCAUUGUAGAUUUAAUUUAUGCCUUUCAGACUGGUGGAAAACUCUACCUCAUCCUUGAGUAUCUCAGUGGAGGAGAACUAUUUAUGCAGUUAGAGCGAGAAGGAAUUUUUAUGGAAGACACAGCCUGCUUUUACUUGGCAGAGAUCUCAAUGGCUUUGGGGCACUUACAUCAAAAAGGAAUCAUCUAUCGAGAUCUGAAGCCGGAAAAUAUCAUGCUUAAUCGUCAAGGUCAUGUAAAACUAACAGACUUCGGACUAUGUAAAGAAUCUAUUCAUGAUGGAACAGUCACACACACUUUCUGUGGAACAAUAGAAUACAUGGCCCCUGAAAUCUUGAUGAGAAGUGGGCAUAAUCGUGCUGUGGACUGGUGGAGUUUGGGGGCAUUGAUGUAUGACAUGCUGACUGGAGCACCCCCGUUCACUGGGGAGAACCGAAAGAAAACCAUUGACAAGAUUCUCAAAUGUAAACUCAACUUGCCUCCCUACCUCACGCAAGAAGCCAGAGAUCUGCUUAAAAAGCUGCUAAAAAGAAAUGCUGCCUCACGUCUAGGAGCUGGUUCUGGAGAUGCUGGAGAAGUUCAGGCUCACCCUUUCUUCAGACACAUUAACUGGGAAGAGCUGCUAGCUCGGAAGGUGGAACCUCCCUUUAAACCAUUAUUGCAAUCCGAAGAGGAUGUGAGCCAGUUUGAUUCAAAGUUUACACGUCAGACACCUGUUGAUAGCCCAGAUGACUCAACUCUCAGUGAAAGUGCCAACCGGGUCUUCCUGGGUUUUACGUAUGUGGCUCCAUCCGUACUUGAAAGCGUAAAAGAGAAGUUUUCUUUUGAACCAAAAAUUCGAUCACCUCGCAGAUUCAUUGGCAGUCCAAGGACACCAGUCAGCCCUGUAAAGUUCUCCCCUGGGGAUUUCUGGGGAAGAGGUGCUUCAGCCAGUGCACCAAAUACGCAGACACCUGUGGAAUAUCCAGUGGAGCCAAGUGGAAUAGAACAAAUGGAUGUGACAGUUUGUGGCGAGGCCUCAGCACCACUUCCAAUACGACAACCAAACUCUGGGCCAUAUAAAAAACAAGCCUUUCCCAUGAUUUCCAAACGGCCAGAGCACUUGCGCAUGAAUCUAUGACAACACAACCUUUUUUUUUUUUUUUUU